GUCGCCUAAAACCCUAAAAAACCCUAGUCCUUUAUAAAUUACCAAUCAGUCGUCUCCUCUUUUUCCGCUACAACUUUUAACGCCUCCUCCUCCAUUUUUCAAAACCCUAAUCCGACCGGAGCCAUGGCGGAGGUCGACAUCUCACACUCGAAGAAGAAGAAGCAAGACAAAACGGAGAACGAUGCCGCCGACACCGGAGACUACAUGAUCAAGCCACAGAGUUUCACUCCAGCCAUCGACACUUCUCAGUGGCCCAUCCUCCUCAAGAACUACGACCGCCUCAACGUCCGUACCGGUCACUACACUCCAAUCAGCGCCGGUCACUCUCCUCUGAAACGUCCUCUUCAAGAGUAUAUCAGGUACGGUGUCAUCAAUCUCGAUAAACCCGCGAACCCUUCUUCUCACGAGGUCGUUGCUUGGAUUAAGCGUAUCCUCCGUGUUGAGAAAACCGGUCACAGUGGUACUCUUGACCCAAAAGUCACUGGAAACCUCAUUGUCUGUAUUGACCGAGCCACACGGCUUGUGAAAUCGCAGCAAGGUGCGGGUAAAGAGUACGUUUGUGUUGCUCGGCUUCACUCAGCUGUCCCUGAUGUUGCUAAAGUAGCUAGAGCUCUUGAAUCGCUCACUGGAGCUGUGUUUCAGAGGCCUCCUUUGAUCUCUGCUGUUAAAAGACAGCUUAGGAUUAGGACAAUCUAUGAAAGCAAGCUGCUUGAGUAUGAUGCUGAUAGGCAUUUGGUUGUUUUCUGGGUUUCUUGUGAGGCGGGUACUUACAUUAGGACUAUGUGUGUUCACUUGGGUUUACUUCUUGGGGUUGGUGGGCAUAUGCAGGAGCUUAGGAGGGUUAGGUCUGGGAUUUUGGGUGAGAAUAAUAACAUGGUUACUAUGCAUGAUGUGAUGGAUGCCCAAUUUGUGUAUGACAACUCCAGAGAUGAGUCUUAUCUUAGGAGGGUGAUUAUGCCUCUUGAGAUGAUAUUGACGAGUUACAAGAGACUUGUUGUCAAGGAUUCUGCUGUGAAUGCUAUCUGUUAUGGUGCUAAGUUGAUGAUUCCUGGGUUGUUGAGAUUCGAGAAUGACAUUGAUGUUGGUACUGAAGUCGUUCUUAUGACUACCAAGGGUGAGGCGAUUGCCGUUGGGAUUGCUGAGAUGACAACAUCUGUGAUGGCUACUUGUGAUCAUGGUGUGGUAGCUAAGAUCAAGCGUGUGGUGAUGGAUAGAGAUACCUACCCGAGGAAGUGGGGAUUGGGACCAAGGGCUUCUAUGAAGAAGAAGCUUAUUGCUGAUGGGAAAUUGGAUAAGCAUGGGAAGCCUAAUGAGAAGACUCCGGUUGAGUGGAGCAGGAAUGUGGUUUUGCCUACCGGUGGAGAUGCUAUAAUUGCUGGUGCUGCUGCUGCUCCUGAGGAGAUAAAGGCUGACGCUGAGAAUGGAGAAGCAGGGGAAGCGCGUAAGCGUAAGCAUGAUGAUAGCAGUGAUAGCCCUGCUCCUGUAACAACCAAGAAAUCUAAAACCAAAGAAGUUGAAGGAGAAGAGGCUGAAGAGAAGGUGAAGUCUUCUAAGAAGAAGAAGAAGAAGGAUAAGGAAGAGGAGAAAGAAGAGGAAGCCGGGUCUGAGAAGAAGGAAAAGAAGAAGAAGAAAGAUAAGAAGGAGGAGGUUAUAGAAGAGGUAGCUUCACCAAAGUCUGAGAAGAAGAAGAAAAAGAAGAGCAAAGACACCGAAGCUGCUGUUGACGCAGAAGAUGAAUCAGCAGCAGAGAAGAGUGAGAAGAAAAAGAAAAAGAAGGAUAAGAAGAAGAAGAACAAAGACAGUGAGGAUGAUGAGGAAUGAGAUGGGUUUGCGUUAUGGUGCUUUUUAAGUUUUGAACUCUUUUGAUUUUGCGGUAUCUAUCUACUCUGGAACAAAGUGAGACAAAAGGCAUUUUAUGCUUGUAUUCUACGUCUCGCUUACGUUACCAGAUUUUAUGUUUUUGUAAGGUUAGUUUCAGUUCUAAGCAGAUUCUCCCUUUAGUUAUAUGACUGUGGUCUCUCUCUCUGUUUUUGGUCUUUGCCCUUCUUGUCUGUCUGUUUGUCUGUUUGGCAACGAGGAUAAUAAUAGACCUAAAUCAGUAUUAAAAGUUACGGGUUUUUAACUUUCAACAAACGGGCCUUAGCCCUGACCAAAAAAUGGGCCUGAUUACGAGAACUCAGUCCUUUGUUGUCUGUCGCUGGGUCUAGAGAUGAUUAUCUCGGAUAAUACCGAACUUAUUUAAUACGAACCAGAGAUGUUUG